AUGUUCGACAAAUCCAUAGGCACCCCAUCACCAACAUGGCCAUAUGAAGAAGGUGAGGAGGCCUCCUCCUCCGUAGACGACGGCGAAGAAGAUGAAGCCAAAGCACUUGAAAUACCCAACGUAGUAGCUAUAUCCACCAACCCCCUCGCCACCCUCCUUCCACCCCUCUCCGCAUUCCUCUCCAAGGACACCCCAUCUGUCAACACCGGCGCUCUCGACAACGAUCUUCUCGUUCCUGUUCUCGACGUGGACCUUCUCGAAGCUACAUCAACUGAUGCUCCUGUUUGCGUUUACGUUCAACUUACCAGAAAGUCUCCCAAAUUGGAUUUCCCACUGAUUUGUAGCGAAAUUGGACCUGUGCAGAAUUGGAUACUCAAAAAUGUCCGUUCAUCCCACUUCGCCACUACCUCAACGUACCUGGUCUAUUGA